AUGGUUAGAAGAAUUUCGCUGGAUGGUGAAUAUUAUGACGGAGAUUCGGAGUCUGAAAAGCGCUGCAAAAUAUUAGAGAAGGAAAAAGGGGAUAUGCGCGAAAAACUAACAAAACAUGAGACAGAAAGUCACAAUUUGUUGGAGGAUAUAAUUAAGGUCUACAGAGCGACGGGUGGAGCAACAUACGAAACCAAGGAGUUAUUAAUUGUUAUCACUACACCAUCACCGCUACUGGAAACUUCCAUUGAAACUAAAUUGAAUAGACACACAGCACAGUAUAUAGCUGAAGAAAUGGGAAAGAUUAUUGAAAAAUACGGACCAAACCAAUUCUUGGGGUUUGUUUCAGAUAACGCAAAAAAUAUGCAACUUGCUGGAAAAAUACUAAACGAAAAAUAUGAUAUAAUUCAAUAUGGUUGCCUUUCACACGGUCUCAAUUUGUUGUGCAAUGAUUUGCUCAAAAUUAAGAGUAUAUCGGCUGUAAUCGACAAAGUUAUAGACAUUGUAAAAGAGAUUAAGAGAAAACAAGUUCUAUAUGAACUAUUACGAAUAAAACAAACAGAAAACAAAAAUGUAGAGCAAAAAGCAGGCGCCAUUCAGUUGCCUGUAAAAACUCGUUGGUCUUCAAUUUUGGUCUGUUUAAAGAGUGUGUACAAUACCAAGCUCAGUUUACAAGGAGUUAGCCAAGAAGCAACACAAAUAAUUGAUAAACAUGUAAAACAAUGGAUCUUAGAUGAAGAAGUAUUUUGGUCUCAAAUUUCUAACCUAAUAAACUUUUUUCAACCAAUAGGUAAAUGGUUAAAAAUUGUAGAAGGAGACUACUGCACUAUUCAGUUUGCUGUAAAUGCAUUUCAUGAUAUUAAAAAAGUGAUUCAGGAAAAUAUUUCCUUGUCCCCACUUAACGACGAAGAAAAAAAGAAAUUGUUGGAGUUUGUUGACAAAAGAGAACAUUUUGUUAUGAAACCCAUACAUUAUGCUGCAGAAUUGCUAAAUCCAAAAUCACAAGGGAGUGAACUUGAUGAAACACAAAUUCUUUCAGCCAUAGAAUGCAUACUUAACAUAGCAAAAAGUAAAAUGAAUAUAAAAGAGCAAGAAAUAAUCGACGAAAUAGCAGAUUACCGCCGUAGAAGCGGCAAAUUGUUUGGCAAUCAUUUUAUAUGGAAAAGUAGUUUUGACAAUCCAGUCUCCUGGUGGAAAGGCCUUUGUUCAUCAUCUUUAUUAUCAAAAGUAGCGACACGGAUUUUAAUGAUGCCAGCAUCUUCAGCAGCCACUGAGCGCAGUUUUAUAGUCACAUUCAUUAAAAAAAAAAAGGAACAAGCUUACUAA